AUCAUGUUUGUGACUUCCUGUUUUGGGGGGGAUCUUCACAUGUGGACCAUGUUAUUGACUUCCGGUCACAGCGUUUGGUGAAGCAGAGAGAAGAGUAGAGAUGUGUGAAUCCAAAGUGUCACGACUGGGGAUGUGAGCUAUUCUAAGAGACGGAAGUUUAUUAUGAGGAAAACAAAAGGAGACUCGAACCUGGAGCAUGUCGCAACACGUUGGUGGUUCCCUCAAACGUCCGUUGACAAUGCACGGCGUUGGCAGUAGAUCAUGUUACAUUAGUCUGUGUGUCUUUAACUCAUGGGUAUAAUCGACCUCGAGUCGAUUAUACCCAUGAGUUGAGAUUGAGGUUUAGGGAUGGAUUUGAAGUGAAGUAUGAUUUGAGGGCCCUCUUCAUCAAUAUCAGCGUUGUGAAGACGUGUUGAACAACAACAAUGAUGUCACUAUGAUACAUUUGAUUGGUUUGAAGUUUAAAAAUUGAAAGGAACACUAUUACAAUUCACAAAGUUACAAUUCAUCACAUAUUAUUAUUCAGGAAAGAACAAGAUAAUUUAAAGAUGUGAAAUAUUUGUUUAUUAAUGUAAAUAAUAUGAAUGCUACAGAAACAACGUCCAUUUCAUCUUUCUUGGGAAGGCGCUACUCGGGGACUUAAGGUAAAAAAAAUACAACUUUAUUCAAAGUAAAAAUACAACUUUAUUUGAUCUUAUUUGAACACAUCAUUGAUGACCUAAGCAGUGUGGUGUGUCGUAACGUGGAGACACAGACAUCUGGAGGAGGGGCCCAUACGGAUGGGACAGGGGGAGAGAAGAGAAAAGUUGAGAAGCCUCCCAUUGCUGAUCCAAUAGCCGAUCCCACAGCCUCCCACAGCCACCCAUAGCCUCCCACAGCUCUACCUUAUGAAGGAAGGGAAGCGUCAGUCUAGCCCGGUAGUCCCGACCGGUUCAGGGCGGGGAGCCUGUACUUGUUGACAACGUGUUCGUCGGUUCGAGCUCCUCGGCUUUGAAGAAGAGUUUAGAGCCGAGCUCAGCCCUGCAGCGAGGAGAGACGGGCAGUGCGCUGGAGGGAUCUGGAUCAAUACUCUGGAUUAGAGAUUUCGACCGUGUCAGAUGAGCGGUCGGGGCCCCCCGAGUCCACAGAGGAGAGCUCGUCCGGCUGGAGCCCACCCGGUCCUGCCUGGAGCCCACCGCCGCUCUUGUGUCUCUGAACCGCGGUGCGUUCUGCAGUAGGACGCCGCCGACCCUUGGCUCACGGCCGGCGAACCGGAUGGAUUUCAGAUAAAGCCCUCAUCGCCAGUUGGAACCACAUCCUCCCCUCAACACCCCCCCCCCCACCCCCCUCCCUGAUCCACGCCCCAGCAUGGCAGACCCCACGGGGCCCGGUCUGGAGGGGUCUGGGGCCGGCGUGGCGGAGGUGGACGUCUGCAGCCUGGAGCCCGAGAGGAACUACGAGGUCAUCCCGGCGGUCAUCUGCUCCAUGUGCUGCCUGUUCGGGAUCAUCUACUGCUUCUUCGGCUACCGCUGCUUCAAGGCGGUGAUGUUCCUGUCGGGUCUGAUGUUCGGCUCGGUCAUCAUCUUCCUGCUGUGCCACAAGGAGCGGGUGCUGGACACCCAGCUGAGCGUGGAGGCCUCGGCGGGCAUCGGCCUGGGCAUAGGCCUGCUGUGCGGCCUGGUGACCAUGCUGGUGCGCAGCGUGGGCCUCUUCAUGACCGGCCUGCUCCUGGGCCUGCUGCUGGCUCUGGCCGGCCUGCUGGCGGCGCAGCAGUUUGUCGCGCCCACCACGGUGUGGGUGCCCCUGGGCUCCCUGCUGGGCACCGGCAUGCUGUUCUCGGUGCUGACGCUGCAGUGGCAGAAGCCCCUGACGGUGCUGUCCACGGCCGUGUUCGGCGCCGCCAUCAUGACGGUGUGCGCCGACUACUUUGUGGAGACGCUGACGCUGACGCUGCACGCGUACGGCGUGCUGCGGCUGGCGCCCGGCCCGCCUCUGUGCUGGUACAGCUGGGUGGUGCUGGGGGUGUGGCCGCUGCUCAGCCUGAUGGGCGUGCUGGUGCAGUGGAAGCUGACCGACGCGGGGUACUCGCACACCGAAGUGGUGAUCAGCCGCCGGCAGAAGCGCGUGCAGCUGAUGCGGAUCCGGGAGAAGGAGGCGAGGAAGCGGCAGCAGACAGGUGGGCAGGAAGGAACGUACCGCCGCAAAGCCCCCCCGGUCAAACGUUACGCCGGGGACCUGCUGGCGCCGAGUUACCUGCAAAGUCUGCGGGACCGGCAAAGCGGUACCGGGACAUCCCAUAGCAGCCUGGGGGCCACCAACCACAGCAUGAUCGACAUGGACUACGACACGGGCUCCACCGCCCCCCUCACCGCCACCACCCCCGUGGUGCGGGUCUGA